AUGUCACACUCCGGCACUCUGGAUUUAGACCGAUACAGCACCAUGGAUCGAUCCCGUCGCUCCAUGAGCCACAGCCAGAACCGACAGGCGAAGCAUGGCGAAGUCCUGUGCGAUUUCUGCACCACCAGGAAGCAGAAGGCCCAGAAAUCGUGCUUAGUGUGCUUGGCUUCUUACUGCGAGACCCACCUCCAGUCUCAUUAUGACUACCCGGCACUGAUGAAGCACAAACUGGUCAAAGCUACCGGACAAAUGAGGGAGAAGAUCUGUGCGCAGCACGACAAGCUUCUGGAGGCCUAUUGUCGCACCGAUCAGACGUCUGUGUGUGUCCUGUGCAUGAUGGAUGAGCACAAGCAUCACGACAUCGUCCCGGCUGGAACUGAGAGGACUGAAAAACAAAAACAACUUGGCACCACGCUGCACAAAUCGCAGCAGAGGAUUGACCAGAGAGUCAAAAAGUGGCAGGAUCUCCGACAAGCAGUGGAAGCUAUGAAACACUCCGCUGAGUCGGUCCUGGAGGAGAACGAACGGAUCUUCACAGAGCUCUUACUCUCUAUAGAGAGGAAGUACAACGAAGUCAAGGAGAUGGUCCGCUCACACGAGAAGACCACUGUGAACCGUGGGGAGAUUCUCCUCGACCGCUUGGAGGAAGAGAUCACCCUGCUGAGGAAGAGACACACAGAUCUGGAAAAGCUGUCACACACCGACGACCACAUACAUUUUCUGCAGAGCUGGCAAUCUCUAUCCGGCCCCUCGGGUUACGAGGACCUGAACAAUGUCAGCGUCGCUCCCAAUUACUCCUUCGAUGCCACCAAGAGAGCCAUUGCUGCCCUGAAAUUACAAGUAGAGGAAAUCAGCAAGAAAGAGACGAUGAAAGUCUCUGCGGCAGUGAAAGAAGUCUACAUCACACAAGAAAGUGAGAAAAAAACAAGGAGAGAAUCAUCAUUUUACUCUGAAACUAGAAUGACAGAAGAGCCAAAGACUAGAGAAGAUUUCUUGCAAUAUUCUUGCCAGCCAAUUCUGGAUGUCAACACUGUGCAUCCCAACCUCUACCUGUCAGAGGGCAACCGGACGGCCACAAUGAAGAGUGAACCUAAGAACUACCCCGAUCACCCUGAGCGAUUUGACCACUGGCAGCAGGUGCUUUGUAAAGAAGGCCUAUCUGGGAGUCGCUUUUACUGGGAAGUGAGCUGGAGGGGAUCAGAAAUCGACAUGGCGGUUACCUACAGGGGUAUUUUCCGUAAAGGAAACAGCAAUGUGUGCAGCCUGGGCUCGAACGAUAAAUCCUGGAGCCUCUACUGCUCUGAGUCCAAAUUCUCUUUCGUGCACAACAACAAAAGCACCGACCUACCAGUCCCGAGGUCGUCACGCAUCGGCAUUUACUUGGACCAUGCGGCUGGUGUGUUGGCGUUUUACAACGUUUCUGAGGCCAUGCAGCUUCUGCACCUCAACCGCACUACAUUUACGGAGUCUGUGUACCCCGCUUUUGGCGUGUGGGGUUAUGGCACCACCAUUAGACUGUAG